GUUUCAGACUUCCCUCUGAUUGGUCCAAUCCUGCUGUGUGUGUUUCAGACUUCCCUCUGAUUGGUCCAAUCCUGCUGUGUGUGUUUCAGACUUCCCUCUGAUUGGUCCAAUCCUGCUGUGUGUGUUUCAGACUUCCCUCUGAUUGGUCCAAUCCUGCUGUGUGUGUUUCAGACUUCCCUCUGAUUGGUCCAAUCCUGCUGUGUGUGUUUCAGACUUCCCUCUGAUUGGUCCAAUCCUGCUGUGUGUGUUUCAGACUUCCCUCUGAUUGGUCCAAUCCUGCUGUGUGUGUUUCAGACUUCCCUCUGAUUGGUCCAAUCCUGCUGUGUGUGUUUCAGACUUCCCUCUGAUUGGUCCAAUCCUGCUGUGUGUGUUUCAGACUUCCCUCUGAUUGGUCCAAUCCUGCUGUGUGUGUUUCAGACUUCCCUCUGAUUGGUCCAAUCCUGCUGUGUGUGUUUCAGACUUCCCUCUGAUUGGUCCAAUCCUGCUGUGUGUGUUUCAGACUUCCCUCUGAUUGGUCCAAUCCUGCUAUGAUUGUUUCAGACAUCCAGGAGUUUUACGAGCUGACUGUUUGUGAGAACCAGACGUCUUGCAGCCCAAACACACCUGGUCAGAAGUACCGUUACCAAGACGAUGAGACUCCACCUGUGGACCCCAGCCCUGGUCACAUGACCAUUGGACGCAGCGCUGAGCUGAGCCACGCACACCUGGACGGAUACACACACCCAGCAGCACUCACCAUGAACGGAUCCGAGGGAGAGCUGGAGUACGAAGAGAUCACGCUGGAGAGGGGGAACUCUGGACUGGGCUUCAGCAUCGCAGGAGGAACCGAUAAUCCUCACAUCGGGGACGACCCGUCCAUCUUCAUCACCAAGAUCAUCCCUGGAGGAGCUGCUGCCCAGGAUGGACGCCUCAGGGUGAACGACAGCAUCGUUUUCGUGAACGACGUGGACGUGCGAGAAGUCUCUCACUCAUUGGCUGUGGAGGCCCUGAAGGAGGCGGGGCCUGUGGUCCGACUCUACGUCCUGAGGCGCCGCCCCCCCACUGAACGCAUCAUGCAGGUCAAACUGAUGAAGGGACCCAAAGGUCUGGGCUUCAGCAUAGCGGGCGGAGUGGGGAACCAGCACGUUCCUGGAGACAACAGCAUCUACGUCACCAAGAUCAUCGAAGGCGGAGCGGCACACCGAGACGGACGGCUGCAGAUCGGAGACAAGAUCCUGGCUGUGAACCACAUGUCUCUGGAGGACGUCCUGCAUGAAGACGCCGUGGCGGCCCUAAAGAACACCGGAGAGGUGGUUUACCUGAAGGUGGCCACCCCCACCUCCCAGUACAUCCACCAGGUGGACCGGUACAGCCCCCCGGACCUCACCAGCUGUAGUGUCUCCGUUUGUCCUGCAGCCUACAUGGAGCCGGACUACAUGUGUGAUUACCCACAAGCCCUGCCGCCCCCCUCGCCCCGCCGCUACUCCCCCAUCCCCCGCGGCAUCAUGGGGGAGGAUGACUACUCCAGGGAGCCCCGCAGGGUCUGCAUCCAGAGGGGGUCCACGGGUCUGGGCUUCAACAUCGUGGGGGGGGAGGAUGGAGAGGGCAUCUUCAUCUCCUUCAUCCUGGCGGGAGGUCCGGCUGACCUGAGCGGGGAGCUCCGCAAAGGAGACCAGAUCCUCAGCGUGAACGGGGUGGACCUCAGGUACGCCACCCAUGAGCAGGCUGCAGCAGCCUUGAAGAACGCCGGGCAGACUGUGACCAUCGUAGCUCAGUACCGACCCGAGGAGUACAGUCGCUUUGAGGCAAAGAUCCAUGACCUGAGGGAGCAGAUGAUGAACAGCUCAUCAGGCAGUCUGAGGAACAACAGAACCUUCUACGUCAGGGCCCUGUUUGACUACGAUAAGCAGUGGGACUGUGGCGUCCUGUCACAGGCUCUGGACUUUAACUUUGGGGAGGUCCUCCAUGUGAUUGACAGCGCUGAUGACGAAUGGUGGCAGGCUAGAAGACUCAACCAGCAGGGGGAGCUGGAGGAGCUGGGCUACAUCCCCUCCAAACACAGGGUGGAGAGGAAGGAGUGGUCCCGCAUGAAGAGUAAAGGUAGAGAAGGUUUCAUCCACAGCUAUGAACUCGUCACUCAGAUUGAAGUGGACUACGCCCGUCCUGUCAUCAUCCUGGGACCGACCAAAGACCGGGUCAACGAUGACCUGCUGUCUGAGUACCCGGAUAAGUUCGGCUCCUGUGUGCCUCACACCACCCGCCCCCGCAGAGACUACGAGAUGGACGGCCGGGACUACCACUUUGUGUCGUCACGGGAACAGAUGGAGCGGGACAUCCAGUCCCACCGCUUCAUCGAGGCGGGACAGUACAACAACCACCUGUACGGGACGUCGGUGCAGAGCGUCAGACAGGUGGCGGAGCAGGGUAAACACUGCAUCCUGGACGUCUCAGCCAACGCAGUGAGGAGGCUCCAAGCCGCUCACCUCCAUCCAAUCGCCAUCUUCAUCCGACCUCGAUCCCUGGAGAACAUCCUGGACCUGAACAAGCGCCUCUCAGAGGACCAGGCGAGGAAAGCUCUGGAUCGAGCCAUCAAGCUGGAGCAGGACUUCCUGGAGUGCUUCACAGCCAUCGCUCAGGGCGACAGCUUCGACGAGGUCUACCACCAGGUCAAACUGGUCAUCGAGGAGCAGAGCGGACCCUACAUCUGGGUUCCUGCUCGGGACAGACUCUGAUUGGCUGUCUCCAUGGUAACCUCUGUGACCAUCCACUCUGCCUCCUCUUCCUCUUGCUGCUGUGGGCGGAGCUACCCAACAUGGAUCGUUUUUCACUUUUGUUUCUACGAGAAGAUGACGAGCGAGCUCAGUGAUUGCAUGAAUGCUGUAACCAUGGCGAUCACAUCCCUGUCAGUUGGUCCACAGACCGACUGAGCGGGAGAAAAAUCCAGAAUCAUCAGAAAAUAACGAAGCAGAGACUGUAGAGUUCAGCUCCUAUUGAAGUAUUUAUAGCAACAUAUUUAUUUAUUGAUUGAUCUAUUUAUUUAUUAAUAAUUUAUGUGACGUGAAAAUGGUGUGUGCGUGUGUGAGAGUCUGUGUGUAGUGUACAUAAAGACGUGUGUGACUGUAAAUAAAACCAAGGGGCUUAAACACACAGUCUAUUCAGGGCUUCAACUAUCACACAACCGAUGGACUACAACACCUCCCUAAGGACUACAACACCCACAGUCAUCGUCCUUUAGGACUACAACACCUCCUUUAGGACUGCAACACCCACAGUCAUCCUCCUUUAGGACUACAACACCUCCUUUAGGACUGCAACACCCACAGUCAUCCUCCUUUAGGACUACAACACUUCCUUUAGGACUACAACACCCACAGUCAUCGUCCUUUAGGACUACAACACUUCCUUUAGGACUGCAACACCCACAGUCAUCCUCCUUUAGGACUACAACACUUCCUUUAGGACUGCAACACCCACAGUCAUCCUCCUUUAGGACUACAACACUUCCUUUAGGACUGCAACACCCACAGUCAUCCUCCUUUAGGACUACAACACUUCCUUUAGGACUACAACACCCACAGUCAUCGUCCUUUAGGACUACAACACCUCCUUUAGGACUACAAAACCCACAGUCAUCCUCCUUUAGGACUACAACACCUCCCUUAGGACUACAACACGUC